AUGGUUUUGCCCAUAUUUUUCUCAACCUUGCUCAUAGGAGGACUACUAGCCUCUAAACUCAUUUGGCAAUGGUUCACACAAAAAAUUUUAUCUUUGCAUAAUAAGCACCCCAAACUCCCUCCUGGCCCACCAAGGUUGCCAAUCGUUGGCAAUCUUCUUCAAUUAGGGCAACUUCCACAUAGAGAUUUAGCAUCUUUAUGCGAUAAAUAUGGACCCUUAGUUUAUCUUAAAUUGGGUAACAUUGAUGCAAUUACUACUAAUGAUCCUGAUAUCAUACGCGAAAUACUUGUUCGCCAAGAUGAUGUUUUUGCCUCUCGUCCACACACUCUUGCCGCUGUUCAUUUAGCCUAUGGGUGUGGGGAUGUUGCAUUGGCCCCUUUAGGCCCACAUUGGAAGCGAAUGAGAAGAAUUUGCAUGGAACAUUUGUUAACCACAAAGAGACUUGAAUCCUUCUCAAAACAUCGUCAAGAUGAAGCUAACCACCUUGUUAAGGAUGUUUGGGCUAAAGCCCAAACUGGAAAGCCCAUUAACUUGAGAGAAGUGUUGGGUGCAUUUUCAAUGAACAAUGUCACUAGAAUGUUGCUAGGAAAGCAAUAUUUUGGAUCUAAAUCAGCAGGCCCACAAGAGGCUAUGGAUUUCAUGCACAUAACCCAUGAAUUGUUUUGGUUAUUGGGUGUGAUAUACUUAGGUGACUACUUGCCAAUUUGGAGGUGGGUGGAUCCUUAUCAAUGUGAAAGGAAAAUGAAGGAAGUGGAAAAGAAAGUGGAUGAUUUUCACACCAAAAUUAUUGAAGAACAUAGAAAAGCAAGAAUUGAGAAGAAGAAGAAGAAUAAUAUGGGAAUGGAAGAUGAUGAAGAAAUGGAUUUUGUGGAUAUUUUACUAUCACUGCCAGGCGAAGAUGGAAAAGCGUGUUUGGAUGAUACAGAAAUCAAAGCUUUGAUUCAGGAUAUGAUAGCUGCAGCAACAGAUACUUCGGCUGUGACGAAUGAAUGGGCAAUGGCUGAAGUAAUCAAACAUACCCAUGUCCUUCGUAAAAUUCAAGAAGAGCUUGAUGCCGUAGUGGGUCCCAAUAGAAUGGUGAUGGAAUCUGAUUUAGUCCACCUUAAUUACCUGCGAUGCGUUGUACGUGAAACAUUUCGUAUGCACCCAGCAGGGCCUUUCCUCAUUCCACAUGAAUCUCUUCGUGACACCACCAUCAACGGCUUUGAUAUACCUGCAAAGACACGUGUCUUCAUUAACACCCAUGGUUUGGGUCGUAACACUAAGAUUUGGGACAAUGUUGAGGAGUUUAGGCCCGAAAGGCACUUGCUAGUUGACGGGGGUAGGGUUGAGAUUAGCCAUGGAGUGGAUUUCAAAAUACUACCCUUUAGUGCUGGAAAAAGGAAAUGUCCUGGUGCACCCCUUGGAGUCACCUUGGUUUUAAUGGCUUUGGCUCGACUUUUUCAUUGCUUUGAUUGGGCUCCGCCACGUGGCUUAAAUCCUCAAGAUAUUGAUACAAGAGAAGUCUACGGAAUGACCAUGCCUAAGGUUGAGCCCUUGAUUGCUUUUGCUACUCCUCGCUUAGCAAAACAUUUGUAUGUUAACUAA